AUGCCUCCCUCCGAAGACUCACCAGCAACCUCGCAACCCGCAGACCCCGACACUGUGAUCCUCUCCGACGUGCUCGGAAGUGAUCGCAGUAUCCAUAUAUUCGCUGGCUUUACUCGAGAUUUCGCGCAAAUCAGCCAGCGCUUUGAGGACAGCUCUUUAAACACCACAAUUCUCGCACCAGUUAACUCUGCCAUUAUGGCCCUGCCAAGAAAGCCGUGGGAGGACCCGGAGGACUACGAUAAACUGGGAGGAGAAGCAUACGAAGGAAAGGAUGGUGAGGAUAGAGCAUCAAGGAAUCUAAGGAGAUUUGUCGAGGCACAUGUUGUGCCCGCAAGCCCUUGGAAAGAGGGCGACAAACUGAAGACUUUGGCUGGCGGCGAUAUUUGGUGGGAAAGCAAGAACGGCGCGAAAAUAAUACAGCCGGGCAAUAUCGAAGUCAGCAGCGUGAAAAGCAAGGUUCAUAAUGGAGAGGUUUGGGUGUUGAAGGGUGUUAGGAAUUAUGCAUGA